GUGUGUGGGGGCGCCCGGCGGAGGCGGGGAAGAGGUUGUUGAGUUCUCAGCCCUCCCGGCGAGGGGUCACCGCUGGCGGGGUCUGGGUGACCCCUCCCCCCAGCCCGGGUAGCCGCUUCCCUGAGGGGGGGGUCCCCUCCCCCAGCCCGCUGCGCUGCCUCCCGGGUUUCCCGCCCAGGGCCGCAGGCCCGGCUCGCGCCCCCCGGCCCGAGCCCCGCGGGUCAGGCGCCUGCAGUGCGGCGGGGCGGGCGCGGCGUUGUCUCCUCCCCGCUGGGCCCGCGGGGUUUCCCAGCCCCGCAGAACUCCCGUUUCCCUCCUGGGGGGGUUGGGCUGGUCCAGCACCACCCGCCUCCGGCUUCGCAGCGGGUAGACAACAGCCCCACGCCGCGGCCCGGAGCCGGGCCCCGUUCUCGUUUUCCCCGUAACGAGCCCUGUUGCUACCGUGCUUCCAGGGCCCCCGUCCCCCGUGCUGCCUGGGCAUCUCCUGCCUGUCCGCCCGUGCCGUGGCCCAGCGCAGCCGAGGCAGAGAGCAUAGGACCUGCCCGCAGCCGCAGAAGAAGUCCGUGGCCGAGCUGGGAAUUGGACGGAGAGCCCUGGAGUCCCGGCCUUGUCAGCCCUGAAAGCCGCAGUUCUUUCCCCCCUGGAGGCCGUUUGUUUCCAUCUUCCUGUAAUCCAGGGGCUCUCAAACUGAGGGGUAGCCGUUCCGAGGGAGGAGACUGAGUGGUAGAAUGGCCUUUGUGGUGGAGAUGGUGCCGAUCUUUAAGUUCAGCAUCUCAAAAGCUGCAAGAGUUUCAUUUGCUUUUAGUUGCCACAGUCAUUUUCAGGCAAUCAAACAUUUUUCGACUCAGGAGAAGGAGCCCUCGCAACGUGCAUCACCCCCAGGGUUUGGGAAUGAAGGAAAUUCACACCACCACGGCAGCCACCAUCUUCCAAUGUCAGGACUUGGGGAUGCUGCACGAGUGAUGCCCAAAUCACAUCCUCCUCACAAAAGCUAUAAAGAUCUCGCCCGUCAGAAGAAUUUGCGGUGGCAGUGGAAGUCUAACAUGAGAAGCACUGAGCAGGCUGCAUCUUCCAGUGAGGAAUUUAGGAACCUGAGAGAGGAUGACUUUUCAAAAGAGCGGAAGAGACAAGUGCCAAAGCCUACGUCCAUUGAAAGGACCAAAGGUUCAGAGAUCCUGUUUGGCAUUGCGCCCUGCUCCCUGGCUUUGUCACAGUCAAAGAGGGACUUUUUCAAGUUAUUCCUCAAGUCGGGCAGCAGCUGCGCACGGCCUGUGAUGGAAGAGUUUGCCCAACGAGCUAAGGCCUGCGGGGUCCCCGUGCACCAUGUCAGAAGGCAGGUGCUGGAUGCCCUUUGCAAAGGUAAAGUCCACCAGGGAGUUUGCUUAGAGGCUACUCCUCUCCAUUUUAGGAGCUUGGAAGAAGCUGAAGCUUCCCAUGUUGGGGUUGCCACUGGACUGGGCACACAGCUGAUUUGGCUGGUGCUGGAGCAGAUACAGGAUCCUAUGAAUCUGGGUGCAGUGCUGCGUUCCGCGCACUUCUUAGGAGUUGACAGAGUGGUGACCAGCCAAAAGGACAGCUGCCCCCUUACUCCUACAGUGAGCAAAGCAAGCGCUGGAGCCAUGGAGGUUUUGGAAGUAUACAGCACAGACAAUCUCCAGAGAUUUCUGAAGGCUAAAACUGAAGAAGGCUGGGAAGUCAUAGGAACAGUCAGCAAAUCUGAGGUCGAGGAUAAGGUCCCUGUCAUCAGCUGCUUAGAAUUUCACUGGAAUAAACCCACUGUUUUAGUAUUAGGGAAUGAAGGGUAUGGGCUAUCUUCGGAGACACAAAGUUUGUGCCACAGGAUGCUAAUCAUCCCUCCUGGAAGAACGUUGCAGCCUGGGAUCGAAUCAUUAAAUGUCUCUGUUGCUACUGGGAUUCUCUUGCAUUCUAUAUGCAGCCAAAAAAUAAAGUAACAGAAUGUGAUUUUUACCAUGAAUUGCGUAGAUCUUUAGAAAUCCAACCCUUUUGAGCAGGGAAAACAGUUCAGUGUUGUGUGGUUUCACUGACAAUGAGUAGAGGUGGACACCCUUUUGCACUUUCCAGAGUCUUUGUACAGCUGUGAGCUCCUGAGAAGCUAAGGAGAAAGUAAACACUGAACCUUCUGCUGUGAAAUGUUCAACUUAAACUUUAGAAGAUUCCAGAUACCAUUCCAGGUUAUGUCCAAUGUCCUGCACUCCAGGUUGUCUCUGCACAAUAUUCCACCUGAGCAUUGGAUGCACUUGCUUCAUCAAGCUGUGUUUACAGACUGCAAAAGCUCCAGGAACCUGAUGAAUACAUAAACUCCCAAGAGACAAGAUUAAAGGAAAAUGUGACAGAGAGACAGCUAGAUUUCAAAAAUGGAGCCAAAUCUCUCUCUGUUUACUGAUGCAAAACAGUCAUUAAAGUAAAUGAACCUUGGGUUUUUUUACACUAACACCCUUGUACAGAACUCAUUCCCAGUGAGAUCUUUGCUGCAAUAAGGACUGCAGAAUCGGGCCUAUUCUGUAUUUUUUUCAUAGUGUGAUGGUGUUUCCCAUUCCACAUCACUGUUUGGACAUCUGAAAACGUUGCAUUGAAUCUGACUGUAAAAUAGGUCCGUAAACUCAAUUGUGUGACAGAUGUGACCUAUAAUGAAACUCAGUUGAGGGGAAAAAAAGUAACCCAUUGAAAUAAAACUCUCUAAAGAUUUGUCAUA